ACACAUCGUCUCUUACUAUUUUCAUAGCUUGAAAAAUCAGAAUAUAUUUAUAGACAGAGAGAGAAGCAAUGGGAGAUGUCGAGGCGGCUGAACGACACCGUAUAGAGAGAUCUUUCUCUUCAUUCAAAAUUAUACCCUUUGAUGAUGGUGACGGCGAUACUCAUCCUUCGGAACGAACAGAUAUUUUGCCGGUUGAUGGCAUUCGCGGCGGCGACGAUGAGAAGAAGGAUACGAAUGUUCUAGAAGAAAUAAACAGCUGGCUACCCAUAACGGAAUUGAGAAAGGGGAAUGCUUAUACUGCGAUGUUUCAUCUACUCUCUUCCGGUAUCGGAACUCCGGCACUUGUUCUCCCCUUCGCUUUCACCUCUCUCGGAUGGUCAUGGGGAAUAGUGGUUCUCACUGUGAUUUUUGCAUGGCGGCUCUACACGAUGUGGCUCUUAGUUCAUCUUCACGAAUCGAUCAAUGGAACUCGUUAUAGCAGAUACCUUCAACUCUCCAUUGCAGCAUUCGGGGAAAAACUGGGGAAAUGCCUUUCCAUUUUCCCAAUAAUGUACCUAUCAGGGGGCACUUGUGUCAUGUCAAUAAUCGCAGGGGGACGCACCCUACAACUUUUCUACAAUGUCAUGUGUCAAACUGAUCACAAUUGUCUUCAAAAAUCUCUAAGUGGAGCUCAAUGGUUCUUAUUGUUUGUAUGUCUUGCCAUUUUAAUUGCCCAAUUCUUUCCCAAUUUGCACUCUUUGGCUUGGGUCUCCUUUGUUGGUUCAGUCUUGGGUGUGGCCUAUUUCACUCUGCUUUGGGCACUCUCCAUUAGUAAAGGCAGGCCUAAUGGAGUCUCUUACAAUCCGUCUGAUAAUGUAACGACAACUAUGGCUCGAUUUCGCGCUAUCCUAAAUGGUGUUGCUAUCGUUGCUAUUGCUUUCAGAGGUCACAAUCUAGUUUUGGAAAUACAGGGGACAUUACCGACAAAUCCAAAACAUCCUACAAGGACAAGUAUGUGGAGAGGAGUGAUAGCAUCGUACUCUUUUGUCGCAGUGUGUGUAUUUCCCUUGGCAAUUGGAGGAUAUUGGGCUUAUGGAAAUCUGAUGCCUGCAAAUGGAAUUAUGGGUGCAAUUGCCAAGUACCACCAAGAAAGCAUUCCAAAAUGGUUAACAGGCACAAUAUACAUGAUGGUAGUGAUCCAAUGUAUAUGCUCAUUUCAAAUUUACGCCAUGCCCGUCUUCGACAACUUGGAAAGAAUAUACGUAAGCAGGCACCACAAGGCGAGCCCAAGGAGGGUUCGUUCAUGCAUCAAGCUCUUCUUCGGUGGAUUGACAUAUUUUAUAUCCGUAGCAUUCCCAUUCUUGGGAAGCUUGGCUGCGUUUGUGGGCGGAAUUGCGCUGCCAUUGUCUCUUGUUUACCCUUGCUUCAUGUGGAUUUCAAUCAAGAAACCUCAAAGAAAUAGCUUAAUGUAUUGUCUCAACAUGUUUCUUGGGUGUUUGGGCAUAUUGAUCAGUGUUGUGCAAGUUGCUGGUGCAUUGUGGAAUCUUGUGGUUGAUAAAUUGGACGCCAAUUUUUUUAAUCCUUAGUGGAAAAAGAUUUAGAGUCUGUUUGGAUGGACUUAUAGUUUUUGAAUUAUAAGUUAAGAAUUUUAACUUAUAAUUUUUUUUACUCCUUUAUUUUAUUCAAAUAGUACAAAAGUACAAUUAUUUUAUCUUUAAAAUAUUUAAAUAAGUCAAUCCAAACAGGCUCAAUAUUUGGACAUUUUUCUAUGAAUAGAUCAAUUUAACUUGCUAUAGAAAGAUACUUGCCUUACCUUUAAGGUUAUAUGCUAAUUUCCACUUAUUAUGGUUAAUUAAAUGUAAUUAAAUUAAUGAUUUGUUAGUGUAA